UAAGGGUGAAAAAAAAAAGAAAGAAAAAAAAAGAAAUAGGGGAAAAAUAUUUGAAUCAUUACUUAUGAAAAAGCGUAGAACGGAUAUUAUAAAACUUAUCGCGUGUCAUGCACGUCGUUCGUUUCAAUAUCGAUCUCAAUCAUAAAUUUGCUAUCGAUUUGAAAGAAAAAUUAAAAAACAAAAAAACAAAAAACCAAAAAGCAAAUAGAUAUAAUCAUAAUGUUGACGUUCAAUGAGAAUUUAUGUUAAUGAAUUUGAUCGAUUCAAGAUAGAAAAUUGUUCGAAAAAGAAAAAAGAAAAAAAGAAAAUUGAUUUUAUUUUUCAAUAUUUCGUCGCAUUGAAAGAAGAAAAAGAACAAAAAAAAAAAAACAAAAAAUAAAAGAAAGAGGAAGGACAAAAAAAGAAAACGUACGAUAAAAUAAUUUAUACAAAUAUUUACUAUUCUGCAAAGUUAUACUAAUAAAAGAUUAAUAUGUCAUUAGUAGUUUUAUAAUCGAAUUCAUAUAUGUUUAAUUCUCUAUGGGAACUUUGCCAAGAAGUUUAAAUACGAAAGUAUUUUUGAAAAAGUAAAAGAAGAAGAAAAAGAAGUAGUAAGAAAACAAAAAGAAAACUAGUUCUUUCUUUCGGUAUAAAAUUAGCACUGACAUAUAUAUAUAUAUAUAUAAACAUACAGGUAUUGAGAAGUUAUAACUGGUUAAAUAUCAACGAUCUAUUUCCAUAUCCGAUUCAUACAAAUGUCAGGAGAAUGAACGUUGAAUGGAUCGAUGAGUUGGUGGUAGAGUAGGUCGUAAAGUUGUAUAUUCCCUUUAAGCCAUUUAAAGAUCGACCUGUGAACGCCCUUUCGAGAGAGAAAAAGUACUAUAAAAAUUAUUUUUUAAAUGGAUAAAUAUGUCUAGACGCAAUAUGCAAUGUUUAAUUUCUUAACAUACACUUUUCUAUUUUAUCAAAUAAAAACGAGAAAAAGUGUAAAUAAAAGAAUCUGCAAAAAAAGAAGUAAGCUAUUGAACGUUUAAAAAAAAAAAAAUAAAAAGAGAAACAAACGAGAGAGAGGGAGAGCGAGAGAGAGAGAGGGAUGAACCUUCCUUGUUCGGUCGGUAAAGUGUGUUAUCGACUUGAAAGUAGCGCCAUCUGGCGUGAAAAAGAAGAACCCUUUGCUUGCUACGACGCAAAGGAGGGAGACAUUGAAAGGCAACAUGGCGGAUUGAUCCAGUCGCGGAACGUUUCGUACUAACGUUCUGAUGAGUAUCUCCAGAAGUGAUUUUUACCAAUUAGAAAUAUAACAGUGCCUUUGAAAGGAUCGUUGCCAUUCGUAAAAACAAAUCACGAGAAACGUCAUUUGCAAAAAGCCAUUGAAACAUAGUUUAAAGGUUAAUUACAUUGUGUUUUGAAGAAUGUUUAAUUUGAGCCACCAGCGCGAACUACUGAAGGGUUGAUAUUACAUGCGAUUAAGGAUCGCUUUUUAAACGAUAGUUCGUUAUUGAAUGUUCUAUGCAGCAACCGGGUGAGCCAAAUGACCAAGACCUAUAAUGACAUUGAGGCAGUUACAAGGCUUCUGGAAGAGAAAGAGAAAGAUUUGGAAUUGACCGCGCGUAUUGGUAAGGAAUUAUUGACGCACAAUCAAAAACUUGAGAGUACUGUUAACGCCUUGGAAACUGAUUUGAAAGAGGCAAACGAAAAGAUAACACAGUUGAAUCAUGAAUUGUACAAAAAAACCGAACUCAUUCAAAUACUUACAAACGAUGUUGACGAGUCAAGCUCCGAGGGUGGUACACCAACUGGUUUGCGUGGUAUCAAUUUGGACAUGAUGCAAAGGAAGAUAAGUACCUUGGAAGAUGAGAACAAACAAUUACGUAAUGAAUUUUCCAAGUUGAUACAUGAAACUAAUGAUACCGAGGAACAAGAGGCCCGUCUUGUAAAGGAUAUUGCCGCUCAACUCGCAAAUGCUAAUAUGGAGGCGGACGGUAUGGCCGAGGAGCUUGGUCGACAAAAAGAAGAAAAUAGGUUACAGCACGAACAAAUAGUUAGUCUUACCGCUAAAUUAGCUGAAACUGAGCUCAGGUUAGCUCAACUCAUGGCUGAACAUGACGAGGUCGGAGCUACUCUAGUCAUUACCAGAGAUAAUCAGAACACCCUUGCCAGUGAACUUGCUGAAUUCAAGGAACGAUACGCUGAGGUUGUAAAUCUUCUCUCUGAAACGCAAGAACAAUUGCGUAAACAAAGAAAACGCGGAAUGCCAACUGUAAGAGGUGGAUCAUUAUUUCCUUCGUUGGGUGCUGCGCCACAGCCGGAUUCGAUAGCUUCGGAAUUGGAAUCAUCAUUAUAUUCGGAGCUAAGUCUCGAUUCUGGUAUCAUCACUGAUCGAACGCCAACAUACAAGAAAGUAUUCGAAACGGUCCGUUGUGCUUCACGAGCAUCUUAUACGAGUGCAGAUAUGAAUCAAUUUCCUCGAAUAGGUUCUAUGACAACGUCAACUUUGUCGAGUGGUUCGAUGGGUCCACGCAUGAGUUGUGGCCAAGUUAAAUCUAAUAUACCUUACGGUUUUACAAGUUUGGAUUCGACUGGGCACAGUGAGAGCGAAGGUUCCCUUUUCACAGAUUUUGAUGAUUACCCAGGACCACAAAGGAUUGGAGUACCUGGUGCACCAGGUGCAGCAGAUUUGGAAGCAGCUUUACGUCGGUUGACACCUGCAGAGGUGCUAGCAAGACGAGCAUGUUUAAGUACUGGUGCUGGAUAUAAUUAUGAUUACGAUGGUGGAAUCCUACAUUCACCGCCUACCUUUUUACCGUUUGGUUGUCGAACACCUGACAGUAUAAUGUCAACUGGUAGCAGUGGUAAUCUGAGCGGUUUCAGUGGUAAUAUUGGAAAUACUUGGAGAGUUCCAGAGAAAUUACAGAUUGUAAAACCAAUGGAAGGUUCACAAACCCUACAUCACUGGUCACAAUUGGCUACGCCUACUUUAGGUGGUUUAUUGGAAGAUAGACCAGGUGUUAGAACACGUGGUGGCCGUGGUCUUGAAGAUCUUGGUUUGUUGACCUUUACUUUGUCGGAUUUAGAGGAAGAUGAAGAAUACGCGAAUCCUGGUAAGCUCUUCCAAGAUACAGGCUCAGUUUAUACUUUUACAAAUAGCACGGUACUUCAUCCGGAUGAACAUACAAGCGUGACCCCAAGUAUUGUGGGUAGUCGGGUCGCUACCGCACCUAGUAGCGCUGGAAAUUCUGGAAAAAAUAGUCCUCGUACUCGCAGCCGAAGUAAUUCUACCUCGACGUUCUCGACGACUCUUGGCCUAGCUAAGAUGCUCAAUGAGAGAGGAAUUAAGGCUGUGACACCUUCCUGUGUAGGUACUUCCUGUGGGGCGACGCCUAGCGGCGAAAGAAAUUUCAUACCAACAGCAACACCAUGUAAUAGCCCAGAUGCUAGCCCGCCAGCAACGAGAUCUACAUCACCACCGCCUCAGUCAUCGCCACAGCAAGAAAAUACUUCUCUGUCGUUUAGUCUGCUAAGUAGCGGCGCUGAAUUAUUGAAGCGUACAUUCAGUAGCGAUUCCUCGCAAUCGCAAAUUAAUAAAAGAACGAGAACGUCAAAACCAUCGUUGACGAGAUCAGAGAAAAAAGCAUUGUCUGGCAUACGUUUGGUUGAGAAACUCGAAAGAAUAGGAAUCGAUGCUAUAAUGUCAACGACAGUCGGCUCGUCGAUCUCGCCGUUGGCACUUCAGGGUGCUUUGUAUACACGACGUUCGAUGAAGAGUCCAAUGGCACAACUGACCUUCCUCAAGACAUCGAUGCCUUCCAGCAUCAGUCAGGAAAGAUUAUUUUCACCUUCGUUAGCCUCGUCCUCUUCUAGCGUCUCUUCUGAAUCUAGUUCAAAUCCGACAUUGGAACAUAUGAAUAAUAGUAACAAGAUGAACAAUGAUAACGUUGAUAAUAUUGGUGCUUCAGUUUUGUCAUCUGGUAAUUCUAAUUCAGAUUCACCUGUAAGAUCAUUGAUAAUCGAAUGUGCGUUAGGUACUCAACAAAAACGCGAUAGUGAUGGUAGUAAAACAACUAGAUCGGAUUUAGGUAAAGUCAAAGGUGCGGCUAAUACUACAACACCAGUUACCAGAGAGUCCAUUACUCAAUCUGCCCUUGGUUCUAUUAGUUCACUUUUCUUUGGACGUAAGGGUGGUCUUUUGUAAGAAAAAAAAAAAAAAAAAAAAAAGGAAAUAAAACAUCUUUUCUUCCUUUCCUUCUUUCCUUCCUCUUUUCCUUCCUUCUUUCCCCUUUUCCUUCCUUCCUUCCUUCCUUCCUUCCUUCCUUCCUUCCUUCCUUCCUUCCUUCCUUCCUUCCUUUUUUAUUUUUUUUUUUUUUCUUUUCGUUCCCAUUCGUUUAGCUGUCAAGCUAACGAUGAGUCGAACGUCGUAGUCAAAGUUUUAGCGGAUUAAUGGGUGAAUUUUGGUAGAUUGGUGAAAACAAAAUGGUUCUGUUCGUUCGUUCGUUCAUUGGUUGGUUGAUUCGUUCAUUUGUUCGUUCGUUCGUUUGCAUGUCCGAUUAAAACAUAUUGGACAUUACUCCUCGUGCUAUUACAAACACAUCGCAUUGCUUUCAUCUUUGCGACACUUAAUUUUCGAUCAUCAACCGGAUUCGAAUGUAUGUCUUAUGUAUAUAUACAUAUUUUAUUUUUUGAUAAAUACUUAAUCCUUUGCAGUCCGACAUUUCGAUUUCGAACAAUAUUUUCUUUCCGAUUAACGGAGACAAAUAAUUUGUAUAGUUGAAUACAUAUGGAUAUUCAUCUUGAUUUAAUUUAUCAUUGAAAAUUUAACUUAAAACAAAAUAUCGUUCAAAUUAAUACAUAGAUUAUCGAUACGCCAAAGAAAAUAGAAAAGGAAAGAAAGGAAGAAAAAAGAAAAAAAAAAAAGAAAAGAAAAGAAAAUUGCGAUCGGACAGCAAAGUAUUAAAUACUUUUAAGAAGCAUUAAUUAGUAGAUUCCUGAUAAAAUAAUCCUCCUUAUCGGAACGUAUGAUCCUUUUUAGUAAUCGAUCAACGAUCAUAGCGAAAAUCUUUUAGUCUCUAAACAAUAAAAAUGUGUCGAGUAAACGAGAAGAAAAAUAAGAAAAAAGAAAAAUAAAAAAAAAUUAUAUAUACAUAUAUAUAUAUAUAUAUAUAUAUAUAUAUAU